ACCGUAUCGAAAACACGUAUUUUUAUCUGCCGUCUUUGCUCCUCCGAAUAAGUUUAUCCCAUGGCCUAAUAGAAGUUAGCAUCAUUUGAAAACCUCUCCAUUUUAUGUCAUGUUUACCUACUUAUCGUUUGGGUACUACUGUUAAAUGGUGUUAUCAGCAUGGCAACAUUGCGUUUAUUUUCAUGGUCUCCACCUCGUGACCUCAACUAGUCAUAUAACGUCAACUUUGAAAAAUUGGCGGGUUAGAAAGAUUUUGAAUGUUGCUUGUUCGAUAAUAAAAAUUCGUAUCAAUACAAACAUUAAAAUGAGUGAAUCUGCUACUGUAGAAUUAAAUAAACUUACAACCUUACAAAACAGUUUAGAAAAGGCUAUACAUUCCACACUUGUCCAGUUGAAAAAGUUUGGAUUUGAUUUUCUUGAUUAUGGGUUCGAGUUGGAAAUUAAAAGGCAAGAAGAAAGGCAGGGUCUCAAGAUAAAAAUCACAGAACUGAUCAAUAAUCUGCAUUCAAAGCAGGAACAGUUAAGGAAUAGAAAUGUUAAUAUAGUUGGUGAGACAAUGAAUUCUAAUGUAGGUAUAGUGUUUUUAACUACCAAAAACUGAUUUCAGACGUAGACGGGUUUAAAAGAGAAAUGAUAUGCAUUCAAGACCAAAUUGAUCAGCUAAAGUAUGAAUCUAGGCAAAAACUACAGGAGUUAACAGAUGAAAAUAUAGGAUUAUGGGAAGAUAUACAGUUUUAUAAUAGUAAGAUGCUAGAAUGGGCAGAACCCACGAAAGUAAACAUUUACUGUAAUAGCAAUCCUAUCAAACCAAAAUCAAUUAGCAAAAAACACCAGAGCAAGGAAGCCAAAGAAUUCAUGGACUUCGUGCACAAAAGUGGAGGUCACGAGAAUGGUUGGCGAAAGGAGGACCAUGACUUGUUUGUUAAACUCAGAAGUAAACAUAAGGACAUUAAAAUAGCCGCUGAAAAUCUUCAUGAUGUGUUACCAGAUGUAAGCAUUCAGGAUGUCUAUGAGCACGAGGAAUGGUAUGAAAAGUACCUAGACUUGAACAAAAAGAAAAAGGAAGCUAUAACUCGUUGGAAAAAAUCGAAAAACAAACAAAGUACAAGCAAGAAUCACGCCGAAAGUAGAUAUGCUCGAAAAUUGAAGCUGGAGCCUGAGAAUAAGCAAAGUAUACAGGAAAAGUUAAUGAAAUGGAAGGAAACUAAACAGAUACAGUAUGAGUUGACUCGAAAAAUACAAAUGGAGAAACUAAUUGAACGAAGAGAACAAGACGAAAUGAGACGAAAGAGGAAUGAAGAGAUCAAACAGAUCGUGAACGAAUGGAAAAUCACAAAAGCUGCAUUAGAGGAAGAUAAAAUCCGCCAGGAGAAGAAAAUUGAAGAAAUAGAGAGGAAAAAACGAGCUAUGGAGGCUAACAGACUGAUAAGACAAUACCAAAGUCAAGACGAUAUGUAUAUCGCUAGAGCAAGAAAAAUCCGAGAAAGGGACAAUAGUAAACCAACAAUAAGGAGCAAAUCUAGCCAACUUGUUCCUCGAGAUCCUGACAGACUUUUAAAGCCUACCAUACAGUGGAUGAACAGGGUACAUGACGAAAGUCAUAGUCUUAUAAGUUUUCCAGCUUGUACGGUCUCGUUGAACAAUCUACCUAAAUUGAAAAUACCAGAAUGGCGAAGAAAAAAGGAAUGAAUUUAUACAAACAAUGAAUAGAAAUAUAUAUUUUAAGAAUAAAAAAA